CUUCAGUUUCGAGCCGUGGCUCUGCAGAGCUUUUCUUGUAGACUUUCGGACCCACGACUGCGAUGACCUCACUGGCGGCACUCAAUAACAACGCUAAUACCCCGGAAGAAACCCCUCAUCAGAUAUUCAUCGACUCCAUCCGGCUCAUCGGGAGUACCACUGUCGCUGGGACAUGCUACGGCAUGAUGAGCGUCACCGCUGGCGCAUGUGUCCAUACCUUGUUUCGAUUUCGCAGACGGCGAACGGUGCGGAGACUAGCCUUCUUGAUCGGAUACGUCGCGACGCUCUGGGUCUGCGGCACUCUGUUUGUAGCUGGGCUAUCACGCGCGAUUCAGAACGCGUAUGUAGAUCAUAGGCUAUUCAUGCCAAGUCCCGGCGCGUACUUCGAUUGGUCGCAACCGGGAGCGGUUAUUGCGGAUGCGGCGUAUACGUGUGCAAUUAUCCUCUCGGAUGGGCUCAUGGUCUGGAGGUUCAAGGUCAUCUGGUAUGACUCUGCGUGGUUCAACUGGAUAAUGCCGAUACCUGCUUUCUUAUACUUGGCUUCGGCUGUGUUAUGCUUGAUCUCAACCGUUGACACUUCCAUCCCCGGCCACGGCUUCUACUCAGAUGUAGCUCACCGGACAACGGUCCCGGGGUUCAUCCUUCCGAUGGUUCUCAACGUCUUCACGACAUCAUGCAUGGCUGGUCGGCUAUACUACUACCGCCGCCGACUUGCUCAAAGCGUCGGCCCAGACGACCCCAAUCCCAAAAUAUAUACCAACGUUGCAGCAAUGCUCAUCGAAUCUUGCGCUCUGUACACGUCCUGCUCUGUCAUCUCUAUCAUCCUUUAUCUCCUCCAUAGCUCCGGCGAAUUCCCUAUGAUCACUGUCCUCGCUCAGGUGCAGAUCAUUGCCCCGCUCCUGGUCCUCCUACGGAUCGCGCGCGGCAUUGCGUGGGAUGAGACAGCCGUGACGACCGUCACGACGGGUGUUACCGGGCCGGAACGUGCCGUGAAGUUUGACGUUGCGGUGGAAGACAACGCCGAGAGUGGCUACGCAUCGAGCGGGAGGCUCUGCGGCGGCAUGUUCGAAAAGUAUGAAAUUCAAAGUGUAAUCGGUGGGGUGGUGAAGGCCGAUGAGCUCUUGGAUGGUGAGGUGUAACUCAAAUUCUGACCUCUGUUAGCAUGGGAUAGCCUACGGCCAAUGGGCAGCGAUAGAUGAAGGACGAUGCGAGGAUAAAUCACGAUAUUUUUGAAUGUCGCUUCAU